GUGCCACUAUUUAGACCAAACGUUCUACUACACCAAAUGUCGAGCCCAGCCUCGCCAUAUAGAACAACACAGAAAUGGGAUGAAUGCUUGCCAGCUAAAGCUAACUGGUAUCGCUGUGCGGAUGCGACGCCAGAUAAAGGCGGCAAUGGCCAGGUGAUAAUGAUGUAUGGGAUCAUCGAAAAGGGCGGGCGAUUGCCCCAUGUGUGUAAUGCCAGCAUGUUCAUGGCUAGUCUCGCAACAGACAAGAGGAGGUUCUUCAUCAAUAGCAGAGCCAGCAAAGUCGCCCAAUUUUAUGUUAAGACUGUGAUCGACGAAGAUAUUGUUACAGGAGAUGUCGCCGUGUAAGACAUUUUUGGAAUGGAUGAAAGCAACCGCUUCUGCAAUCUGUUCAACCCAGCCAAGCUGCACUGAAAGCGCCAGAGGCUUUGUCUGGAUUUCUAAGUAUCGCCUUAUAGAUCCAUGACAAGCAUAUUGUAGGAUAAUAUUGUUUCCCAUGUUCCCGUAAUAACGGACGACCCUAUCAUGGUGACCAAGCCGUUCGUAUACGCGCUUCUCCCUCUCCAUCUCCAUUAAUGGGCGGUCAGAGGUCGAAGAGAACUUGAUAACGGCAUCAAGGCGAGCAACCAUUGCCGUAAUCCCCGCUCCCACAAUAUCUUUGCCAUCUAUACCAUGCGGAUAUUGAAUUGUGUCACCCAUUAGGUGCUGGGACUUAGAAACCGUUCUGUUGAUGUUCGGCGUUUGGGUUAGGUAUGCUGGUGCG